GAAAAGCAAGAGAGAAGAAAAAGCAUCACUGUGCGAACCUUACUCAGACUCCAUAAUCUCAAUAGCCCUCGACUCUAUAAGUAGUAGUUUAUUCUGCAGAAGCCUUCCCUCUCCUUCUCCGCCGGCCCUACUUUGUGUGGCUGCAGCGCAGACGUCCCGCUGCGGACACAGAAGAGUCCAGAGGCUCCACGCGUUUCCACCAUGACCACCUCCUGGAGCGACAGGCUGCAGAAGAAUGCAGACUUGCCAGCGAACAUGGACGGCCUGGCCAUGAAGAAGUACCGGAGGGAGCCCUACCACAGGGUGUUCGUGAACCGGAGUCUCGCCAUGGAGAAGAUCAAGUGUUUUGGCUUUGAUAUGGAUUACACUCUAGCAGUGUACAAGUCCCCGGAGUACGAGGCGCUGGGCUUCGAGCUGGUGGUGGAGAGGAUGGUGUCCAUCGGAUACCCCCAGGAGCUGCUCAGCUUCGUGUACGACCCGUCCUUCCCCACAAGGGGUCUGGUGUUCGACACCAUGUACGGGAACCUGCUGAAGGUCGACGCCUACGGGAACAUCCUGGUCUGCGUGCACGGGUUCAACUUCCUGCGGGGCCCUGAUAUUCGUGAGCUGUACCCCAACAAGUUCAUCCAGAGGGACGACACAGAGCGGUUCUACAUCCUCAACACCCUGUUCAACCUGCCAGAGACGUACCUGUUUGCAUGUUUAGUGGAUUUCUUCUCCCACUGUGAUCGAUAUGCCAGGGGGACUUCCUGUUUGGCUGGCGACAGUACCAACAAGGGAAGGCCAUCCCGUUUAAAAAACAAAGACAAAAUUAAAUGUCUAUAAAUGUAAAAAUAGAAAAAGAAAAGAAAAACACAAAAAAGCAAAUGUCCGCCGCGUUGUAAAGAUGGGCGUCUCCGACGGCUGUGUGUCUGUCCCUCUCCCCAGCUGUGACACGGGCUUCAAGGACGGGGACCUCUUCAUGUCCUUCAAGAGCAUGUUCCAGGACGUCCGCGACUCCGUCGACUGGGUCCACGCCAAGGGAACGCUGAAGUCUAAGACCCUAGAGAACCUGGAGAAGUAUGUGGUUAAAGAUGCAAAGCUGUCCCUCCUCCUGAGCCGGAUGAACGAGGUGUCCAAAGUCUUCCUCGCGACCAACAGUGACUACAAGUACACUGACAAAAUCAUGACCUACCUGUUUGACUUCUCCCACGGCCCAAAGGACUCCGCCCACCGGCCCUGGCAGUCCUACUUCGACCUCAUCCUGGUGGACGCCAGGAAGCCGCUGUUCUUCGGAGAGGGGACGGUGCUGCGGCAGGUGGACACGACCACCGGCCGUCUGAAGAUAGGGACCUACACCGGCCCCCUGCAGCACGGGAUCGUCUACUCUGGGGGCUCCUCUGACAUGGUGUGUGACCUGCUGGGGGCCAAGGGGAAGGACAUCGUGUACAUCGGGGACCACAUCUUCGGGGACAUCCUGAAGUCCAAGAAGAGGCAGGGCUGGAGGACCUUCCUGGUGAUCCCCGAGCUGGCUCAGGAGCUGCAUGUGUGGACCGACAAGAGCUCCCUGUUUGAGGAGCUCCAGGGUCUGGACGUCUUCCUGGCAGAGCUCUAUAAGCACCUGGACAGCAGCAGCAACGAGAGGCCGGACAUCAGCGCCAUCCAGAGGAGAGUGAAGAGGGUGACCCAUGACAUGGACAUGUGCUACGGCAUGAUGGGCAGCCUGUUCCGGAGCGGAUCCCGCCAGACGCUGUUCGCCUCCCAGGUGAUGCGCUACGCAGACCUCUACGCUGCCUCCUUCAUCAACCUGCUCUACUACCCCUUCAGCUACCUCUUCAGGGCCUCGCACGUACUGAUGCCCCACGAGUCGACGGUGGAGCACGCCCACGUGGACUUCGACGUGGAGUCGCCCCUCGCCACUCGCAACCGCACGCCGUGCGGGGAGUGUCAGGACGGGGACUGCAAGCGCGGACACCUGACGCGCUCCGUCAGCGAGAUCAAACCGCCCAACCUGUUCCCCCACACCCCCCAGGAAAUCACCCACUGCCACGACGAAGAUGACGACGAGGAGGAGGAGGAGGAGGAGGAGGAAGAGGAGGAGGAGGAGGAAUAGGAAGAAGAGGAAGAGGAGGAGAGUAGGAGGAGGAGGAAGAGGAGGAAUGAGGUUAAAGUGAGCGGACUGCGGACUGUCUUGAAAUCUAGAGAUCCUGUUGAACUGAAAGGUGUGUGUUACCCGGACCGAGCCCCCACGCGGUGUGUGUUCACGUUGACACCCGUCCCCCGGUCGUCCUCGCUCCCCUUGCUACAGUUUUAAAAGAGGACGAGAGAAGCACAGUCCCUUUUCGUUUGUUUUAAGUCCUUUGAGUCCCGUCCUGUGAUUGGACGGCUUGCUGUCCAACCAGACGGACCGACGACACAAAGCUUCUCGUCAGUGUCUGUCCGUCUGUCCAUCUGUUCUCUGCCAAAGUAGACUGUUAGAAUGUGUGUCUGUGCGUCUGUCCUCUGCCAGUAGACUGUUAGAAUGUGUGUCUGUGCGUCUGUCCUCUGCCAGUAGACUGUUAGAAUGUGAGUUGAUCCUGAUGGAGCUCCGGAGCUUAGUACCUCCCGACGACUCUGGGCGUAACGACGCCGCGGGCAUCGGUGUGGAUCACCGACUCCAAAACGAGAUCAACGAGAAGGUCUGCUGCACGCCGCCGUGGAGACGACCUCCCCGGCUUGGGGUCUCAGCCGCAGAGUACAGUGGGGCUACUGUAAGGCUACUGUAAGGAGUACAGUACCGCUGUAAACUAUGUACAGUGGGGCUACUGUAAGGCUACUGUAAGGAGUACAGUACGGCUGUAAACUAUGUACAGUAGGGCUACUGUAAGGCUACUGUAAGGAGUACAGUACCGCUGUAAACUAUGUACAGUGGGGCUACUGUAAGGCUACUGUAAGGAGUACAGUACGGCUGUAAACUAUGUACAGUAGGGCUACUGUAAGGGCAGCCCACGCUGGUCAGAGACGUGUUCCUUACGCCAACGUGAACCUCGACGAGAUGGGAGCACACCCUACCGUGUUCUGCAGUCAGCUUAGCUACAUAGGAACCAUGAGCUCUGUGGAGUGAGGCUUCCUUUAGUAUUUUAGAGUUUGAUUUCGUUUUUUAGAGCUUUGUUUUGGCUUGACCAAUAAUCCUGAGGUCGUUAAGAGACGUGCCCUCCUUACAGUAAAGUUAGAUAAAUCACGAAGGGCGUUUUUGUCUGCAACAAGUGGUCCCGGACGCCGCGGCGAUAUUAGAUACUCCUUUGCUCCAGAUAACCGUUUUCUAGAAGAGUCAUUCCACAUAUUUCUAACCUGCAUGUCAGUCUACUAAUCUUUGAGUUGUGAUUCAGAAACCCUGCGUUUCACAAACCUGCGCACACAUUUGGUUAAAGAACGUUCAAUGGCUUGAGAUCCUAAAAAUACUAUUCUGUUUGGGUGCAUUAUCAUUAGUUAGUAUCCCAUUGAUUAUUAAUUUCUGUUAAUUAUUUCGAAAUAAUAUAUGCACACAGGCAUGCAGUAAUGAAAUGCUUGCUUUUUUUUGAGUGAUAUCAGAUAUCAAACAAAAUUGAAGACAUAACUGCCGUACAUUGGAGUUGGGAAAAUUUGAUUUGAUUUGCAUUUUUUUUGUUUUCGUAUAUCUUCCUAUCAAAUAUAUAAUACUGUAUGCAACAAAACACAAAGGUGUCCUUAAUUCUCUUUAUUUUAUUCCAGGAGUUUAAUGAAGUGUCUUUAUGUUCCUUCUGCACUUUGGGUCAUGUUUAUUUGUGGUGUUUCAGUUUUCAGAGUAAUGUUGAUUUUAGGCGAAGAAAGGGAAAUCACACGACUGAGCAGCAUUCAUUAUCAGUAUCUAUAUAAUUAUUCAUAGAACGAGUUAACAGACGGUAUCAAGUAGAUACUCAGAAUUGGUUCAGAUUACUUAGUUUUGUGAUAGUACUCUGAAACAAUCGCGCUAACUCACUGAAAUGCGUCAUUUGACUAAAUGUGACAGAUGGAUUGAUUAUAUGAAUAGAUAAGUUGUCUUUUAUUUUACUGUCUUCAGAGAAUUCCUCUUCUAUGAUUGAUUAACCACACGUGUCAACUGUUGCCAUCUGGUGUUUUGUGUGCUUAUGAACAUUCAGGCCUAUGCUAGCCCAGCGAGCUAACUGAGAGGUUCCUUGUAGGAGCUUUCCUUAAGUCUGUGUUCUAAAACAUGGCUUUCCUUUACACCCAGUAGUUUAUUUUGUACUUAAUCCAAACUUGUACCAGCAGAGGACUUGAACAGAAUAUACUUGAUGAGGGGGUAUUGCAUGGCAAGUUCCUAACAACUAAUUGUUACGUUUUUCUACCCUAGUUUCCUUUUUUUUUUCCUUACAAACUUGGUUUACAACAUUGAUUGAAUAUAUGAAUGAGUAUCUUCAUGUUCCAGACUUAUUUUUUUCUCCUUAGAUCAGAAAACAUUUUUAAUUAAAGGAAUUAAUAUUUUCCAGCCCUACAGUAUGUAAAAUAUGAUAUUUCUCUGACAUUAUGAAUAAAGUAAGUUUUACAUAA